AUGCCGUCGCCCAAGAGCCAAAGCCGGUACUCGAAUGGCUCUCUACUACGAUCAUCCACCGGCGCCGCCGUCCGCCGUGGCGAUAUAAAGAUAUCCGACCCCAUUCCGUAUGAUCAUUCACGAAACGUUGCCACUCGACACAAUAGCGACUGGCCAAUGAAGAAUUCGGCACCUGAUAUGCAGCGCGGUCGACAUUUCAGCACAGGCAACCUUGAACCGAUGGGCGCUGGUCGUGCCUCGGUCGGACCUUCGUUAAUCCCUAGCUCGAUAUCUACCGGCGCUUCGAAAGGUUCCAUUCGUCAGAAGAAGCAGAAUGGCUUCCGUGCGACCUUGCGACGAAUGUUCGGUAGCAAGAAGGGCCAUCCUCCUCCCUUGGACGACCCAAGGAAGGACUAUCACCGCAGCGACCCCGGAAAUUUGACCGCCAUCACAGAACGAUCGACGGAUAUCAACAUUGCACGAGCACCAUCCCAGGCUGGAGGCACUGUGACACGUGCAAGCGCAUUGGCUUCACAUGGCCUCAAUCUAGAUUUCACCCUCGAAUCUGACAAUGCCGACCACACUAAUCUUCCGUCUCCAGGCCAUCGGCGUCGAAACACCCUACCUAGUCUUGUGAUUAGCGACUCGAUGGCGCAAAUAUUGGCUGGGCCAGAUGACCAGGAUCUGACAUCUCGAACUCGGGGGCCGGACACGCUACCGGAGCCGAUGCUCAAGCGGCGCUCGCGGAGUGCUGACGCGCUCAACAGGAUGAUAUCCGACAUCACUCUCCGCAACGCUGUCAACCGCGAUCGGCAAUCGGACAUCGCAUACUGGCGAAAGAGUAUCGUUGAAAACCCACCUCCCGCCUGGCCUCCUUGGCAACAGCCGACCGACCGUGUGGCUCCCUCAACACGAGCCGAAGAAGUGUCCCAGGAGUCUGUGCCUUUGCACAAUUUCGAUUUCGGUCUCGACCGUGAGCAAGGUCGGGAGGCCACUCUUGAGGACAGGGUCAACACGCUGGAGGUCAAGUUGUUCGACUUUGAAUUUGCUAUCGCGAACCUCCAAGGUCACGACAUUCCUAAACCGGCUCUUCCUCAGAAGCUACCUAAGCGAAGGUCGAUUCAUGGCCUGUUUCCACCUGAGAUGGACUCGGGUGCCGAAUCCUCAUCUUCUACCCCUGAACCUACCUCAUUCCUCACUUCGCCAGACAAUUCACCCCUGCCUCUAGAGGAGCCUUUCCGACCCGACCGGUCUAGCAAAGCCACUAUACGCCCUCUCAACACUCAACGCACGUCCGAUGCCCAAUCGCCUUCACCUGUGCGUAUCACCGUCGAUCAGUUUGACAGAAUAAUGGACAUCAUUCGGAGAGAGCAGAAUUCGCGACGGCAGCUCGAGGCACAAGUCAAUGAAUUACAGUCUCAACUUGACGCUCUGCGAUCACCAGUCUAUGCCGAGAUCAGAGAGCGCACCGAUUAUCCUACUCCGAAUUCAAAGCAAGGCACACCCGCCCUCAACAAAACCUUGAAACGCUCACCGCCCUUCUCGACUGGGAAGAAAGCAGCGGAGCAGUCAAGGUUCAGCAUGAGCGAAGUUGAUUCUGACACCGAUGGUGGCUUCGAUGAGGCGUUCGAGACACCACAAGACAACACUUUUAUGUUUGAACAUCCGCGUAGCUCGCCCAUGAUUGGCGUGAGCUGA